AUGGUGCUCCUGCUUUGGAAAGCAUUACUGAGGAAAGCCUGGACCUGGUAACUCAAAAAACACAGACCGCAAGCAUACAGAUUUAUAAAGGCUGCUUAUUGUCAUGGUACAUACUAUCUUGCACAUGCCACUUCUCAAAAGCACGUCUUAAGGGCAGCUUAUUUUUCAAUUCAGCCGUAGGCAUACAGACGGCCACAAGCACACCUCGUUUAAGUUAUCGAUCAUCGUGUAGACCGACACAGCUAUGCCUCCACAGUUCAAGAAACCGCUGGAAUAUGAUCCAGCGUUGGCACAGCAGACUUUGCAGAAGAGCUAUGUUCACUCUGGCGCCGCUCAGGAAGCUAAGAAGCGGACCUUUCUUGCAGAGCUGGGCCUGGCGGACGAGGAGUAUGAACUGGAAGAUGACGAAGAAGAGGAGGAGCUGCUGGAGGACGACGAGGAACCGCUGCUGGUGGCUUCGUCCUCCCGCGGACAUACCCAAGCGAACGGCAGAGCCCCUUUGCCUUCCUAUGGAUACCGCGACCUCUUUGGGAAGGAGAUGGAGGCCCGACGCCGCCAAAUGAUUGAUGUCAAGGGCUAUGACCAGUACCUGAACGACCUCUUCAACCGCAGCAAUGAACAACUACAGGCGCUCCGGGCUGAGCCAGGCCUGCAGUACCCUGGCAAUGUUGAGGUUAUACCGGAGCUGCAGCAUGAGCUUAGGGCGCUCCAUGAGGAGCUUAAGGAACUGCGGAGUCAGCAGCAGGACGCCUCGGCACGGAGUCCGGACUCGGACUCUGACGAAGAGAGGGCAUCUAACAGCGAGCUGGUAAAGCAGGUGACGACGCUGCAGCGUCAGCUGGCAGUACGGGACGCCAAGCUUAAGGAGCUGGAGGAGGAGGCAUCGCGGCUGAAGGCACGGCUAAGUCACUCGGACGAGCUUUCAUCGAGCUCAGCCGCUAGCAACGCCGAGGUUCAGGCGCUGCAGAAGCAGCUCAGUGAGAUGCGGGCUACGUUGCAGGCGAAGGACAGGGAAGCGGCGGUGUUGCGCACCAAGGGAUCAAUUGGGGCAUCAGCAGCAGGGUCGGCGGAGGAGCUUGCGCUGGUGAUGAAGCAGCGGGACGAAGCGAUGCUGGCCCGUGAAACGUUGCAGCAGCAGCUCUCCCAGGCCCGCUCUGAGGUGGCUGCUUCAGAGGCCAGCUUUCGAGCGCAGCAGGCGGCCCUUGCAUCCAGUGCGGACAGCGGGGAGGCCAUCGCUGCGCUGCAAGACCAGAUCCGGGAGCUUUCGGAGCAGCACAGCCGACGAGUCGCGGAGUUGGAGGCGGAGCUGCGGCAGAAGCAGGUCCAAAUCCAACAGCUGCAGACGACCAAGAGCGACGCUCUAGCGGCAAUGAAGGAGAUGAAGGGGAAGAUGGCGACCGUCAAGUCGGACGCCGCCGCGCAGUACAAGAACCAACUGCAGAUGGUUCAGGCCAAACUAGAUGAGCUGCACAUGUUGCGGGAGGGCGUCCUCGAGGAGCUGGUCACCUUCCAGGCGGAGAUCUUAUCGGACAAGGUCAUCACGCAGAUGACGCGCAUGGCUCGCGACAAGGAGAUCUCGCGGGUUCGAUCAGCGCAAUCCGACCUGCGGGCUAAGCUUAACGACAUGGAAAGCAAACUGAAGGAUGCGCGGGAGGAGGCGGAGACGGUGCGGCAGGAGGCUGCCCAAGCUGCUAAGAUCCGCGAACUCGAGGCCGCUGGCCAGAUCGCACACUUCCGGGAGAAAUGGCGAGUGGAAUUCGACAAGCGCAGGAAGUUGCAUAACAUGGUGCUUGAGCUCAAGGGGAACAUCCGCGUGCUUUGCCGCGUGCGGCCCUUGCUGGAGAAGGAGCGCACGGUGGCGAAUGGUGACGCGUCCAGCAUGCCAGUGCGCGUCAUGGGCGAGGAGGCGCUGCGGGUGGCUGCCGUGGACAACAAGCCGGAGAAGGACUUUGACUUCGACCGCGUCCUGGCGCCUGAUGAGGGGCAGGACAAGCUGUACGACGAGGUGGCUGCGCUGGUGACGUCGGUGCUGGACGGCUUCAAUGUGGCCAUCAUGGCGUACGGCCAGACGGGCAGCGGCAAGACUUUCACCAUGGAAGGACCGGAGGGCAAUCCCGGUGUAAACCUGCGCGCCCUGGCCGACCUCUUUAAGCUCGCUGAGGAUCGCACGGGCGCCUUCACCACCACCUUCUCCGCCUCGGUUCUGGAAAUCUACAACGAGCAGAUCUACGACCUGCUUGUGUCGGGGGCGCAGGAUGGGGACAAGCUGGAUGUCAAGCAGGGCCCCGACGGGAUGUACGUCGCCGGCCUCAAGGUGGAGGAGGUGCGCGACAUGGCCGAUGUGACGGCCCUGAUUGGCCGCGGCAAGUCCAACCGCUCCACCUACGCCACCAACAUGAAUGAGCACAGCUCCCGCUCGCACCUGGUGCUCUCCGUCUACGUCAACAGCACCUCAAAGUUGAACGGCACCACCCUGCGCGGCAAGCUGCAUUUGAUCGACCUGGCGGGCAGUGAGCGCCUGAGCCGCACCGGCGCUCAGGGCGACCGGCUGAAGGAGGCGCAGGCUAUCAACAAGUCGCUGAGCGCGCUUGGGGACGUCAUCCAGGCGCUGCAGCAGCGCAACGCGCACAUCCCCUACCGCAACUCCAAGCUCACUAGGCUUCUGGAGGAUUCGCUGGGCGGCAACAGCAAGUGCGUAAUGAUUGUCAACGUGUCGCCUGCGGCCGAAAACGUUUCCGAAACCAAGUGCUCCUUGGAGUUUGCCUCCCGCGCGCGCAAGGUGGAGCUUGGCCGCGCACGCGCCAACGUAGUCUCCCAAUCCGAGGGCGGUGUCCUCAACGGAGGCAGUGGCGCUGGGGUCGGCGGCAGCACUAGCAGCAGCGUGGCUGCUAGUCCAGCUCCUACCCGACCUGCGAGCGGACGUGCAACGCCUGAGUCCGGCAUAAGCCGUACGGCGUCACGUGAAACGUUUACUUCGUCCAUGGGCCGCCGUACGCCAGGCCCCAGCAGUCUCGGCCGGUAACAGAGUAAGCCACAAUGGUUGAGUUGCAUGCUUGGGGAAGAGGUUGGGUAGGUCUUGGGCGAAAAGGGUGGUUGGCGUGAUGGCUGGAAUGCGCGAUACGAAUUGUAAGCAGAGAGCCGUACUUACAACCGUGUCGCAGCGUGGAGUUGUGAUAGUGUUCGUAACUGUGAUGGAACUGGUUGCGGCUUUAGGGGUGUUUAGGGGUGAGCGUCACGCUUGUAAUGGGGAGCUGAAGUGGGGUGAUGCAUCUCUCGUGAUCAAUCCGAGCAUGACCGAUCCAAGUUGGCUAUGGCCGUGCGGGUAUCAUGUAAGGGGUGCAUGUUGGCAAGAUGUGGUAACUUGGUGGGAGGAUAGUUGUCGGGUACAAUGGGGUUGGGGUUGGGGGAACGAAAAGUCCAUAAUGCGCUGCGUUAGCGUUGUCCUCCUGAGUGCGAUUGGAGGCUGGCCAUGAAGGCAAACGUCAUUACUGCAGAUUGAAGACUGAAACGCGUGUGCGAUUAGCGAAACAGUUUCGACGCCUAACAAGAUAACCCAAUGCGCACAAACCGUGCAUGUGACGUAGUUUGGAUUUUUAACGAAGUCAUAGUGUUAGUUCGUACUGUGCAGCUGCGUGAUGUCAGCUGUAAUUUAGAAUGUGACGUGAUGAGUAGGGUGGAUGCGUCAGGAGAAUCCUACAAGCGGCGCUCGGGUCUUUGUUCCUUGCCAAGGCCUGUUCCUGCGUUUAUGUCACCAACUGUCGAC